AUGAAACCAAAAUUCUCGGGUCGAAAGACUCACAAUGCCUACACCGUCGCUGUGGUGUGCGCCAUGAGCUUUGAAAUGAGCGCUGUUCGCUUUAUGCUAGACCAAGAACACCACCGCUUGCCGGCAAAACCAGGAGACUCCAAUAUGUACACCCUCGGCGAUCUCCACGGCCACAACGUCGUCCUCGCCUGCCUACCCGGCCAGCAGGGGAAGGGCGCCGCUGCAACCGUUGCCACCAAUAUGUCCCGUACGUUCCCGUCCAUCAAAUGGCGUUUCCUUGUGGGCAUUGGGGGUGGAGUUCCUAGUGACAAGAACGACAUCCGUUUGGGGGACGUGGUCGUUAGCAUGCCUGAAGGAAUGCAUGGCGGCGUUGUCCAGUAUGAUAUGGGGAAGGAUACGGAUGCCAGCUUCCUUUUGAAGGGCUUCUUGUGGCCGCCGCCUCCCUUGCUGAGGAGCGCCGUCGAGCAGAUGCGAUCUGACCACUUGGUCUUCGACAACAAGAUCCAGGAGUACUUGUCUGCCAUGGUCCAUAAGUGGCCGCGGCUUACCAUUUAUAACCGUCCAUCACAGCCUGAUGUCUUGUACUGCGAGGAUUACCGGCAUCCAACCGGUGCCCUUUCCUGUGCUGACUGCGACCCAUCUCAGACAAUCGACAGGAUGGCGCGCCAGUUUGAGUGUCCCAUGAUCCACUACGGGCUGAUUGCGUCGGGCGAUCGCGUCCUGAAAAGCGCAAUGAAGAGAAGUGAAAUCGUUCAGAGUCUGGGAAACGUGCUCUGUCUCGAGAUGGAAGCGGCUGGUAUAAUGAGCGAAUUCCCGUGCAUUAUCAUCCGUGGCAUCUCGGACUACGCCGACUCGCAUAAAAACGAUAGUUGGCAGCAUUUUGCAGCUGCAGCGGCAGCUGUUUGCACCAAGGAGCUCUUGUCUUAUGUCGAUGCAGACCCUGCAUCGGUUGAACACGCUCCAUCAAGCACAGCAACCUCGCAAAGAGACGAAGCGACUAGAGGCCAUGUCUUUCAUGGUCGGGGUGUGCAACAUACUGGCUCGGGAAGUUUCUCAAUUGGGGGGAAUUUGAAUAUUCGCUGA